CCUGGGCCGACUUGAACCUGAUGUUCUGUCGAGGUGUGUAUAAAUGCGUUCGGCAGCUUCCAAAACUCGGAGUAAUUUCUUUGUUUCCCUUCCAACGCCGGGAAAUCACAGUUCUGUCUUAGUCCUGAGUUCUCAGCUAACAAAAUGGCCAUCAUGCCUAUCGAUUGGCCGACUGGCCUCGAUAUCAGGCAAAUGGCUAUUUCAAUAUGCCUGGUUCUACCUGUCGCUCUUGUUUUGGUGACUAUGCUUGCGCUGGUUGCUAGGUCCCGAUACCUCGCAAAUGACUGCACUCCAAUGGUAUCGGGGAAAAGCCCACUAUCCAUCUUAUACCAGCAAUAUCGAUUCGUGGUCAACGGCCCAGCUCUUAUUAAAGACGGUUACGCUCGGUUCUCCAAUGGCCUUUUCGAGAUUCCACGCACUUUCCGCUUUGGACAGGUUGUCCUGUGUAAGCCAGAACUAAUCGAAGAGCUGAAGAAUACCCGAAGUGCGGUUGCAUCGCCCGAACCAUGGAUUGAUCAGCUACUUCAAAUCUCUCAUGUCAUGCCAGGAUACUUUCCCAAGGGAAAAGGAUGGCCAGCAAUUGCAAAGACCACCCCUGGUCUUAUUCGGGGCACGGCACAUAAACAGUUAGACCGGUAUAUCCCGCAUAUGAAUAAAGCAAUAUCUUCUCAGCUGGGGGCACUGAAAUUCACGGACACAGAAUGUGCGGUUGGUUGCUUCGACUUUGCCUACUCGAUCGUUGCACGCAGUGGCAGUUUUGCCAUGGUGGGACCACGAUUAUCCCAAAAUGAAGAGUAUAUCCAGGCUGUUAAGGAUCAUAUCCUGGGGAUGAUCGUUACCACUCGAGUCCAGUUCCUAGUCCCCGAUGGCUUAAAGAGGUAUUUUGGUGGCUUCAUCGGCCGCUUAGCCACUCUCGGCACUCGAUGGGAUAUGCAUGCAUCUCGUAAGACCCUGUUGAAGCACUUCGAUGCGCGGGCGGCCGAAUAUCGUAAUGAAAUGGCCAGUGGUGACCUCGUCGAGGAUCUCAAGACCAACCCUGAACAAAAGGAGGAUCCGGUUAGUCCCGUCUUGUUCACCAUUGUUGUCCGGUUCUCAUGUAAUGCUUACGGUAGAGUCUUUGUCCAGGUCGAGAUCUUCCGUUGGCUAUAUGAAAACUCCAUCGUGAAUCAGAAAUGGAGCUACUCCGAGGUCAUUGGCGAGAUGUUGCUCCUACAGUUCGCAUUUAUAUAUACAACUGCCUAUGCACUCUACGGAGCUUUGUCAGAGCUCGCGCAGCGUCCAGAGUACACUGACCCUCUGCGCGAGGAAGCCGAAGCAUUUCUAGCCAAUCGAGAGCCCACAGUGGCAAGCUGUGAUCAAAUGAUUUUGAUGGACAGUUUCUUGAAGGAGUGCCAGCGAUUGCAUCCUCCUGCAGCCAUAUCUGCUCACCGAGUCUGCGUGACCGAAUUGCAACUUUCCAAUGGUAUCACUCUCAAACCCGGAACACACGUCGGCGUCCCCAGCGGCGUAAUCCAAUAUUCAAGCUCAGCCUAUACCGACCCGGAAACCUUUGACGGGUUUCGCUUCGCAAAGCGCGCCGCCGCCGGAGCCAGCAACACCAAGCUCGUCGACCUUAGCCCGGAAUAUCUCGUAUUCGGAAUGGGAGUGCACGCCUGUCCCGGCCGCUGGAUGGCGAGUGCACUUAUGAAACUGGUUUUGGGGCAUCUCCUGCUGCAAUAUGAUGUUUUGCCAAGUUCCAAGCAGGGAGCAGGGCGGAGGGAGUCGUUGUAUGGGUCGUUGUCGUUUGAGGAGUUUUGUGUACCCAACUUUGGAUUGGAGAUUCGCCUGCGGCAGAGAGAAGGGAUGAGAUCGAGUGAAUAAUCAACAUACUCGCCAUGAAAAUUGCAAUUUAGUCUGAAG